AUGGCGGAACGAAACCCUGGCGUUCAAGCCACCGUGGAUCUGUUGAUCCUCGACUACAUGGUCUGCCUGUGUAUCAGCGGGCUCAUAGAAGCAAUUUACCAAGCAAGACCAACCGAGGACAUUGAAUGGUUUGCGCUUAUGGUUGAACAAUUCCACCGGCGGCUCCUCGGUCAUCGUCUGGAAGGUCCCCUGCCCUGGGACCUGGACCUCAAAUUGCGCAUCUUCUACCUGUCCAAUCUAUUUCUCCACUGGGACCCUCCCAAAGAUCGCGACCUCGGUCACUUUGUUCCCCUGUCUGAUAUCGCAGUUCAGUUCAUGGACUUCUGUCACCAUGCAGUCGCCCACGUAUCCCGGAGACGCUGGUUCGACCUUGGUGCCCACUUCAUGGUUCAUGCGAUGCUGGAAGAACAAGUGCGCUUCCCAGACCAGCUCCAAAGACUCUGCAACUGGAGAACCAACGACAGUGAACUCGAUAUAUGGUGGGAGGUCAGCCGUACCAUGUUCCUGGACUACAUGCCACCCCCAUUUGGUACCGCGAAUCCAAUGACUCGAGAAGAGGUUGAUGAGACGUUUCCUCUCCAAUGGCUGCAGCAUCGUUAUGUCGAUUUUUUUGAGGAUCUCAUGGAGGUCCUGGAUGCGCCUCUUCUUCUUCAGCUGGAGCAUGGUCAGCUGGAAGGUUUGACCCAGGAGGAGACACAGCGGGUCCGAGACUAUUGUGGAUUUUAA